UCAUCAACAAACAAUUUACUCUGUUUCUUUGUCAUCGAAAACAUAUAUAUAAAAAAAAGAUGGAGAUCCCAAUCUGGGGAUGGUGUAUUAUCGUCGCAGCUAUAAUAAUCUUGGCGGUUUUAUCCAAUUUUCUCGGAAGGCGGUACUUGAAACCUCGUGAGAUAGAAGAAGAUGGUAAAGCGUCGUCUUCUGUGACUGUGGAGAAGAAGGAUCCUGUUCCUGUGAAAGAAGACGGUAAGAGCAAGACGAACGAGAAGGCACGCGGUGAUAACCUCGUCUGAAGAAAAAUUUCAAUAUAUUAAUUUGCAGCCCUUGUUUUUAUCAUAUAGUUUUCUUAUUUUAAUCAAAGGUUAGACGCUCG